UCUACCUGACUUGUAAUGAGAGCCACUGCAAAAGCACAAGCCUCGGGGUGGGUGUGGAGCAGUAGGCGAUGUCACUUGCCAUCUGCAUGACCUGCUUCCUCUCACCACAGAGCUCCUCACCCACUUCACAGCCCUGCUUCACUGACUUCAUACCCUGGCUCUUUUAAGCCAGUAAGGAAGCUUGUAUUACCCAGUGGUGUCUGUUGCCACCUGACUGAAGCUACCGUCUUCCAGGUACUGUGUGACUUCUCCUCACAACAGGAGAUGCAAUCCCGGGGCAGAGAGUGUGCGAGGAAAAGGGAAGCAAGAAGACAAGGCGUUCUGCCAGAGGGUGCUUGUGCAAUCCACAGAAAGACUGUAUGCCUGCUCGAGUGGCUUUGCAGACUAUCACUGUGCUGGAGGGUGAAACUAUGCUCAGGAACAUUUUAGUGGAUAAACCAAAUGAUCAAUCUUCCAGAUGGUCUUCAGAGAGCAACUAUCCUCCCCAGUACUUGAUUCUGAAGCUUGAAAGGCCUGCUAUAGUUCAGAAUAUUACAUUUGGAAAAUAUGAGAAAACCCAUGUCUGCAAUUUGAAGAAAUUCAAAGUCUUUGGAGGAAUGAAUGAAGAAAAUAUGACAGAGCUGUUGUCUAGUGGCUUGAAGAAUGAUUAUAACAAAGAGACAUUUACCUUGAAACAUAAAAUCGAUGAACAGAUGUUCCCUUGUCGAUUCAUUAAAAUUGUUCCCCUUUUGUCCUGGGGGCCCAGCUUUAAUUUUAGCAUCUGGUAUGUUGAACUUAGUGGCAUUGAUGAUCCUGAUAUAGUGCAGCCCUGUCUGAACUGGUACAGCAAGUACCGCGAACAAGAAGCCAUUCGCCUUUGUCUAAAACACUUUAGACAACACAACUAUACUGAGGCUUUUGAAUCCCUGCAAAAGAAAACCAAGAUUGCACUGGAGCAUCCAAUGUUGACAGAUAUGCAUGACAAAUUGGUGUUGAAGGGUGACUUUGAUGCUUGCGAAGAGUUGAUUGAAAAGGCUGUAAAUGAUGGCUUGUUCAAUCAGUAUAUCAGUCAGCAGGAGUAUAAGCCGAGGUGGAGUCAGAUCAUUCCUAAGAGCACCAAAGGUGAUGGAGAAGAUAACCGACCAGGAAUGAGAGGGGGCCAUCAGAUGGUUAUUGAUGUUCAGACAGAGACUGUUUAUUUGUUUGGUGGCUGGGAUGGAACACAAGAUCUUGCUGACUUCUGGGCAUACAGUGUGAAGGAGAACCAGUGGACAUGUAUCUCUAGAGACACUGAGAAAGAGAAUGGUCCUAGUGCCAGAUCGUGUCAUAAAAUGUGCAUUGACAUUCAACGGAGGCAAAUCUACACAUUGGGCCGUUACUUGGAUUCCUCUGUGAGGAACAGCAAAUCUCUGAAAAGUGACUUCUACCGUUAUGACAUUGACACCAAUACCUGGAUGUUACUGAGUGAAGACACUGCUGCUGAUGGUGGACCAAAACUGGUGUUUGAUCAUCAGAUGUGUAUGGAUUCAGAAAAACAUAUGAUCUACACCUUCGGUGGUAGAAUUUUGACAUGUAAUGGCAGUGUAGAUGACAGCAGAGCCAGUGAACCACAAUUCAGUGGCUUGUUUGCAUUCAACUGCCAGUGUCAAACCUGGAAGCUUCUUCGAGAAGACUCCUGUAAUGCUGGCCCUGAGGACAUCCAGUCUCGAAUUGGACACUGCAUGCUGUUCCACUCAAAAAAUCGUUGCUUAUAUGUGUUUGGUGGCCAGAGAUCUAAGACCUAUUUGAAUGAUUUCUUUAGUUACGAUGUGGACUCUGAUCAUGUAGACAUAAUUUCAGACGGCACCAAGAAAGACUCUGGAAUGGUGCCAAUGACAGGAUUCACACAGAGAGCAACUAUUGAUCCAGAAUUAAAUGAAAUACAUGUCUUAUCUGGACUCAGCAAAGACAAAGAGAAGAGGGAAGAGAACGUUAGAAAUUCAUUCUGGAUUUAUGACAUUGUGAGGAAUAGCUGGUCUUGUGUCUAUAAGAAUGAUCAAGCUGCAAAAGAUAAUCUGAGCAAAAGUCUUCAGGAGGAAGAGCCAUGUCCAAGGUUUGCUCAUCAGCUCGUUUAUGAUGAAUUACACAAGGUUCAUUAUUUAUUUGGUGGAAAUCCAGGAAAAUCUUGCUCUCCAAAGAUGAGACUAGAUGACUUCUGGUCACUGAAGUUGUGUAGACCUUCAAAAGAUUACUUACUGAGGCAUUGCAAGUACCUCAUAAGAAAACACAGGUUUGAAGAGAAGGCCCAAAUGGAUCCUCUUAGUGCUCUGAAGUAUUUACAGAAUGAUCUUUAUAUAACUGUGGAUCAUUCAGACCCAGAAGAGACAAAAGAGUUUCAACUCCUGGCCUCAGCUCUGUUCAAAUCUGGAUCAGAUUUCACAGCUCUAGGCUUUUCAGAUGUGGAUCACACCUAUGCGCAAAGAACUCAGCUCUUUGACACCUUAGUAAACUUCUUUCCUGACAGCAUGACUCCUCCGAAAGGCAAUCUGGUAGACCUCAUCACACUGUAAACUGGGGAGUUGAGUUGAGUUGCUGGGCUCAGAAGUGGAGACAGGAGUCGGAGUUCCGUGUUUGCGUGGGCAGAGGUGACGUCGCAGUGACUGAGGACUGCAUCAGAGUUUUGAAGGAUCCUUAUUAUCACAAGUUUUAACCCUCUCCUUCGUACCUGACCUCAAUCCCCUUUUCCUCAUAUUCCUGCAUUAGGUGAAUAAAGUGAAAUUGAUAUACUUCCCAUUUAA